AUGGCUGCAUGUCCAAAUCAAAGCACAGAAGAAGAGUUUACUAUUGUGGCAUUUUCUGCACCUCCAGUUGGACAGUUUACAAUCUUUAUUGGAGUUUUAUUAAUGUAUCUGAUGACUAUACUUGGAAAUGUCACUAUUAUUACAAUUGUUUAUGUGGCACCAAAAUUACAUACCCCAAUGUAUAUGUUUUUGUGUAAUCUUUCCCUUGUAGAUGUGACAACCACCUCCUCAUGCAUCCCCAAAUUACUUGUGAUUACUCUAACACAAGAUCACAAAAUCUCCUUUCAUGGUUGCAUAAUUCAAUUAUUUUUCUUUAUGCUGUGUGCUUGUGCUGAGACAUUAAUCCUGACAUCUAUGGCGUAUGACCGAUAUCUGGCAAUAUGUAAGCCGUUACAAUAUUACCUAAUUAUGAAUAAGAAACUUUGUGCUUUGAUGGCGGCUUCUUCCUGGUUGAUUGGAGCUUUAAACUCAUUGGUUUUGUCCUUACUUAUAUCUGUUUUAUUGUUUUGCAAAUCUCGUGACAUCAACAAUUUUUUCUGUGACCUCAAUAUAAUGAUUUCACUUUCCUCUGGUGAUACUAAGACCUGGAAGCUUGUUGAAAUUUUUGAAGACAUUGUAUCGGCCUUUACACCAUUUGUAUUCAUAAUAACCUCAUACGUUUUAAUAAUUUCCAGCAUAUUAAAAAUACAUUCUAGAGAUGGACGUCUCAAAGCUUUCUCCACAUGCAUUUCCCACCUCAUCACUGUUAUAUUAUUUUAUGUCCCUGCCAUGUUUUUAUAUUUUAAAGAAGAAUCAGAAAAUACAAAAGAGCAAGACAAGUUACUUUCCAUGCUGUAUCUUGUUGUGGUUCCAAUGCUGAAUCCUCUGGUGUACAGUUUGAGAAACAAAGAUAUUUGGACGGCUAUUUCGAAAGUAAAGAUGGCAAGAAGGGAACUUUUGAGGCACUAAAUAAACUGUUACCUUAGACUUCAUAUUCAGUUCAAAUAUAUAAAUAUAGGAAAUAGAAAUGGGACUUUAGAUGAUUCCAUCUUCAAGGAAUAUUAUGGUCCAAGUCGAUUCAACCUAGAGAGAUCUUUCCCUUAAAUAAGGU